AUGGACGAUGGAGGCCGAUGUGUUCUUAUAAAUGAUUCGAAAACUCCGCAACCCCUGUUCGGAAGCACCUCUAGUACAAGUGUUAAGGCUACGGCUAAAAAAGAUGCUACGGUUGGCGCUGCCAAUAAACCGAAAAUGGAAACUACCACAACAAAGAAAGAGGUCAAGGCGAGGAAAAGCACUGUCGUCGCGACCAAGUCCAGUCCGGGCAGUAGUCUUCCGACUGUUGACAUGAACGGAAAGGUGCCAACUAUGGCUACCGUCAAUACCUUUCCCAUCGGACUGCAGCAAGGACAGUUGCAGUCUCAGCCUCUGACACUCGUUCCCAGCUCAAUGGGCUUAAUGUCCCUGACGGGCUCUCUUCCGAUCAAUGCCCAGUCCGUCUCUAUUCACCCGCAGCAUCAGACGAUAACGUUGACCUCCUCUUCGGCAAUGAACCCGGGCACCAAUUCCAGCACGAUUCGUGCACCUACGCCCACCCUCUUGCCUCAAGCACAAUUCCAAAUAGGUCCACGUCCGAUGACGGUUCAUUUACCUCAGCAGCUGCUAAUGCAGGGAAUGCAAAUGGGCCAGCCCGGUUUAUCACAGUUUGUUCUCGCCUCACGCAACCCCAACUCUUCCCCCUCACUACAAUCUGGUCCAAUGCUUCAGCUCAUACAGACAUCACAGGGCACGCAAAUAAUAAAAGCAAAUCCCCCCACGAGCAUUCAGCAAAUUGCUUCCACUGCAACGACGACAACCACCACCACCAGCAAUAGCAAGUCGAGGUCAAAUAAACAAAUUCUGCCAAAGCCUCAAAAUUCAUCAGUAUCUACCGCUUCCACCCUCUCUAAAAGUACCACCUUGCAAUCAAAUAGUAAUAACGCCAAAUUGAUACAACAACAAACGAGUACCCCUACUUUUGGCGCGCAGACUUUCAAUGCCAAUUCUGGUCUUGGCGGCUCGCACCAGAUUGUAGUUGGCCCUCAAGGAACAUUUCUAGUGAACAACGGCAUGUUGCCGAAUAUUGGCUCUCAGCCCUUUUUCAUUCAAGGAAAUGGACUGCAGAACGGCCCUGUCCAGUUAGCAAUAAGGCCUCAAGCACCUCUUUUCGUAAACAACAACACAAUCACAGGUGACUCCUCCAAUCUAGGCAUUUCCCUCACCAACAAUGCUCAGUUUUCAGCCGGAAAACCGGUAAUGCAGGCGAAUCAGCAGCAAACCUUCGUCAUCUCCAAUGCUUCCGGUCCAGCAAAUGGUGCCUCUGGGAACCUAAUAAACCUUCGGAACGGCACACAGAAUCUCAUUUUUCGACCUCAGUUUCCCCCCGUCCAGCAGCCACCUCAGCAACAGUUUCUUCAGAUACAAACUGCCAAUGGGCCAAUGCUAGUCGCCCUUCCGCCUCAACCCCAUCUGGCCCAGCAGCCGACCAUUAUACAGCAGCCUGCUCCACCGGCCAAUCCUCCGCCCCAAACGAUCCAAGUUGGAAACACCGUCUAUUCACUUGCAUCAAAUCCUAACUUAAACCUUCAGUCCGGAGCCCAUAAUCUGCCAACCAUACUCACUCAUCCUCAACAGGACAUCUGUUCCAUUGCCAACCAGUCCAGCAUUAUGCAGUCAAACAUAGCCACCUCAAUAAGCACCUCUACUAGCUCUUUUGUCUUCAGUAACAGCAUCACUAAUAGGAGCAUCACUCUUCAACCCCCUGAAAUACUUCCUAAAAACCAGUCGAACAUGCAAGUCGCUCCUAACCAACAGUCACCUAAAACUAGCUCAUCCAAAGGAUUAAAUCUUGCUGAUCUCCUCAAGGAAACGGGAAUCUUGUCCGAUUUCAGUCCACCGACUUCUCCAAAGAACUCUCUGCCCUCCACAAACACCGCCGACAUCAGCCUGCCUCAGCCACCAUCCGCCCCAGCAGUGGCUGCCAGUGAAGCUCCACCGAUGCUGCCCACUGUUGGCAACAACCAGUCCGCCGUUUUAAUGGUUCAAGGAGGAGCACUUAAUGCUCAUCAAAAUGUGCUUAUCGCCAACAACAACAACAACAACAACAACAGCAACAACACCAUCAACAACGGUACCAGCACGCAGCCACUAACCACAUCUCAACUCAGGGUUACUAUCGGCCCAGAUGGCACGCUGCUGGUGGUUUCGCCUGCAGCAAAUACAGCGAAUGCAACACCGCCCACCGGACAGUUUGCACUGGCCACACUGGCCGGCAAGGGUCCCCUUAAAGACAGCAGUGGCAUCGGCUCCUCCCAACCUUCGCCUGACUCGACAACGCCCAGCCUAGACACCAGCACCAGCUCUCCCUCCACCACAGCCCCUCAGUCGGUAUCGUCUUUGAUCAGCCUUCCCACGAGCACCGUUGAGCAGAUGCCCGUGCAGACGCUGUCCAGGCCACUUGAUGCAGCACUGAAUGAGGGCAAGCCGACCACUGCCGCCAUUCUCCUCGACACCUCACUCAAUCAGCUUGUGGUCAAGAGAGCGGAACAAGUGACGCCAACUGCGGUGAAGGGCGUACGCAGUACGAUCUGUGAUACUAACAAGGCUGCCACACCGGCAAAGAGUGACCCCACUUCGCUUCACCUGAUCCCCUCCAGCGCAACGCUUACUAGUCAGAAAGCCAAAAGCAUCUCGGAGCCACUCAGGCUAGCACCGAGUGGUAUCGCCGUUCCGCUGACACUUCCGCCGAUGCUGGGCAUGGUCACCCUAGCUGAUGUCACUGGAGUGCCCCUUCUCCAAGUUAACUCAGCCAAUGCCGAAUUUAUGAGCCGGCUGGAUGCUCAAAUCAAAACCAUGAGCUCUCAGAGCAGCUUCACGCAGCCUCAGCUGGACCUUUUGAAGGAGCUAAAAAACAUUCAAGAUACCAUUUUGAGGCCGACAAACAGUUUAGGACUGGCGAUGCAGCUCAAUCUCUCCAACAGUGCCCAGCAACUGCUUCAACUUUCGACUAUUAAGAGCAACGGCAUGCAGAUUCUGAUUACCCAAAGUCAAAAUCAGCAGUGUCUCAGCAAUGGCAUUCAAAUACCAGCAAACGUCUCCAAUUUGGUUUUACCAAGUGCUACAACCGCAGAACUUGUCAAAACGACGGUAGCCAACAGUGCAGUUUCAGUGAAAGUGUCAACCAAUUCUCAGGUAGCAUCAACUUUAACUGUACAAUCUUUGGCAAAGACAAGCACACAGCCACAAAAUCAAGUCAAGGCAGAGCCGGAAAAACUACGACCAAAUGUGCCGAAGGCAAUUCACCAGCAGCUGAAUGCAGACCAAAAUGCGGCCCUUCACCCUGACUGUAAAACGUCUUUCAGAUCUCAAGAUGAUGCUUUUAAGCGUCUUCUCAGGUACCAUGUUUUCGACUGGCCUUCGCCUUCAGAAAAAGAUAUCGAAAAAUUUGACGAGUCAUACGAAAAAAUAUCUCAGCUUUUUUUGCGGCAAAAGUCUCAAUUAUACGACAAGUUUCGUUACCUUUUAUUACGCGAAAGCAUGAACGAAGUGCCUAAGUACGACCAAAUAUUGAUCAAUCGCCUGUUUGUGGAAGAUGAAACAAAUGCGUUGAAAACUGACCGGGAAAUGGUUUCUUCUGGGAAAUCACUUAAUUUACCUCCUCUCCCCGAGUCAUGGGUUCAUCAGCAAAGAGAAAAAGAAAAGGAAAAAGAGCAAAGUCUCAAAAGAAAGUUAUCAACAACAGAAUUCGACGAUGACUUUGAAGACAGACAGGCUGAGAAGGUGGAUAUUGCUGAUAUUUGCAAUAUGCUGGAGGAGGAACACAUUCUCAGCAACGAUGAUCUCAACAACAACAAAAACAACGACCAUAUUCUCAACAUUCUAAUGCCCAGCGACCUGCAUCUAGAUAGUCAGCGAAAUCGAGACAUCGAGUGUGUGGACAAGUUGAUAGACCAGUUCAACUCACAGGGCGAGGCAGCUGUCGCCAGUGGACUCAUUGACUCUGAUCAUCAAAGUUUCCUUGACAGUCUGGACACUGUGCCUUUGGAGCAUGGCCUGAUGAGCAAUGAUGACCUAGAGGCCUUCUACUCGCGCAUUGAAGAUAGCAGUCAACUGGACGAGUCGCCCUCACCAUGGUCCAACACCAACUUGAACUGCUCAGCGACAAACAGUACACUUCAGCAAGGUAUUCUUCUGGGGGGCACCGUCACCGAAGAGUCCAAUUCGAGGAUGGCUUGGAAUGCCGGUUUCAACAUGGCAGAAACAGAGGCGGCUGUGGCAGUUCAGUCGAUUAUGUCUUCCCAUGAAGAGACCAGCCUUUCAGUGGAUCUAAGUGGAAUCGACGACCUUGACGCCGCUAUGGGCGUUGAGGGUUCAGUCAACUUUGAUGACGUCGUAGCUGGUGGUAAUGCACUGGUGGUCGAUGAGACGAGCUUUCUCAACUCGGAAACACUAGCGCAGCAGCCGCAGCCUGGUUUCGACAAGCAAAUGGACUGCGCUAUCAAGAGCAUCAUGGGCGACAUUGGUCCGAUGACGAGCAGUCAGUCGAUCAGUCAGUAUGGAUCACAGUCGCAGUCCUUCAACCAGUUCAUGGACACCUCGAUGGCCAACUCCACCGGCUACAACAACCUGCCCUACCACAUGUCCUCCCAUCAGAUGAUGCCUUCGAACAUGAGAGGCAGCAGUAUGAUCGUCAAUGAUUCGAUGCUGGACGAAGCAGUGAAAAGCAUCCUCUCCUAG